AUGGCGACCGAAACCCGUUCAGUGGCCAGCAAGGUCAAGGUAUUCUUCCUCGGUGAUGAGGCAGAUUCAAGAGAAGAGAAGCGGCUUGUCCAAAAAAUAGACUUCUUCAUCUUGACCUACUGCUGUCUUAGUUAUUUCUUCAACUAUCUAGAUCGUGCUGCUUUUGCCAAUGCCUAUGUUGCUGGCCUCCGAGAAGCUUUGCAUAUGAAGGGCCAUGAUUACAACACAGUGUUGUCGGUGACUACAGCAGGCAUGGUAGUUGGUCAAAUCCCCCAUGGCAUGAUCAUCGGUCUCCAGAUUGUCCGCCCGAGAAUAUGGUUGCCAAGUAUGGUGCUUAUUUGGGCUUUUCUGACCAUGGCCACCGCGGCCGUCAAGACCACGACGCAACUCUGCGCCAUCCGCUUCCUGCUCGGCCUGGUGGAGGCCAGCACCUACUCGGGAGCCAUUUACAUCAUGGGGUCGUGGUACAAGCCCCAAGAAAUUUCAAAGCGCACUGCCAUCUUCACCGCUUCGGGCCAAGUCGGCACGAUGUUCGCCGGUGUCAUGAUGGCGGCCAUUUACAAAGGCAUGGGCGGCUUAGCUGGUCUCGGGGGAUGGCAAUGGGUCUUCAUCAUUGAUGGCAUCAUCACUCUCCCCAUUGCCAUUUUCGGCUACUUCUAUUUCCCUGAUAUUCCCAAGAACACGAGCGCGCGGUAUCUUAGCGAUUCCGAGAAGACGCUGGCAGUCAGGAGGUUGCCUCCAGUGAUUAAAAACUCGCACAACGUCAAUCCCUUGUCUCUGCUGAAACGCCUCGCUCUCAUGCCUACCUUCUGGGUCUUGGUGCUCUGGUCCCCGAUUUGCGCCACUCUCGAAGCCUGGGUAGUUCAGGGCAACUUCAUCCUCUGGCUCAAGUACCACGCCGAGCACUUUACCCAAAGUCAAAUCAACACAUAUCCUCUGGGCGUUCAGGCUGUAGGCAUCGUGACCAACAUCCUAGCAGCCUGGCACAUGGACGCCACCGGCACCCGCAUUCCAAUGGUCGUCCUGGUGUGCAUCAUCCAGAUCGUCUGUGCCGCUAUGCUGCUUGUUCCAACGCUGCCGUUCGCCGGCACGAUGUUUGCGUUCUACCUUUCGGGCUCCUCAUACAUGGUGAACCCCUUGAUCUUUGGUUGGGCAAGCAUCAUUCUCCAGCGUAGCGGUGACGAGGCCGUUCGAAGUGUAACGAUAUACGCCAUGAACAUUGGCUCUACGACGCUGUAUACAUUCUGGGGCAUCGUCUUAUAUGCCGCUGAUGAGGCACCGUACUGGAAAAAGGGCGCGAUCGCUAUGAUUGUUUGCUCCGUUGUUGUUCUCGGAUUCAUGGGGCUUGUCGUCAAGAUUGAUAAAGAUUCGCUUGCCAAGUAUGGCUCGAUGACGGUCGAUGACUUUGAGGCAGCCGAAGCCAGCCGGACUCAAACGCCGCUGGACGGUUCCGGCUCGGGCAGUGAAGACCAGAAAGCCAAAGCCACGUCGACGAACACUCCCAUUGGAGAUCCUAAUGCCAUGUAG